AUGUCACAACAACAACAACAACAUAUACGUAAGUCUAAACGUACUAGAAUGUUAACUGAAAAGGCUAAAGCUGAAACUAACACUAUUUCUUUAGUCAAUCACAAACUACCAACAACCACAACAACUACUACUCGAAAGAAGAGUUUUAGUUUACCAAAAACUAAAAAAAGAAAGAUUUCUAGUAUAGAAGAAGAAGAAGAAGCAGCUAAAUUAUCGGAUAAGAUUGACCCCGUUGAAAAAUUAUUGAGUUUAACCAAUGUCAAUCAAGAUUUCUUACUGGAUUGGGAAGACAAUUCUCACCGUAAUCAUCAUACUUCCAUAUCAUCAUCGUCUACUAGCAAUAACGGUAUAACUUCUGGUAGUCUAAUAUCUUCAAAUACAUCAAAUUGUGGGUUUAGUCCGAGAUCUGGUUAUCAUAGUAGUUCAAGCAGUAUAUCAUCAUUAUUUUCUCAAAAUGAAGAAUCAGAAAUUGAUGAAUAUGAUUAUGAUUAUGAAUCAGAAGAUUAUGAAGAACCCAAUGAAAUUGAAUCAGUGAAUUUCACUAAAAUUAUUCAAGAUAACAUUCGUCAAUAUUAUGUUAAAAGAAGAUUAGAGAAUCAAUAUAAAGAUUCAUUUGCAUUAUUAAAUAAACAAAACCAUAACCAAGAUGAUGAUGAAGAAGAAAACCCACUUCUUUCUUCUGCUUCACCAACAUCUAAUAGAUCAAUUUUCAAACAAUGUGAAGUUCCAUUUUUUAAAAGUGUGAAUUUUGGUAAUAAACCAAAAGAAUAUACCAUUGAAGAUUAUUUCCAAUAUGAUAAUGCAGAAGAAGAAGAAGAAGAAAAGAAGGAGGAGGAGAAAGAAGACGAAUCCAAAUCUGUUACUACUAGUGAAGACAAUGAGAGCAAUGGGGUAUCACCAAUAACAACUCCAAAAUCAACUAUGCAAUCAUUAUAUAUUCCUAAAAUCAAUAAUAAUUAUCGUCGACUUCCAAUGAAUAUCAUUAAUCAUAACAAUAUCACCACUAAUAGCUGCAAUAACAACAACAACCUUAACAAUUUACAAGAUUUGAGUAAAAUAUUGAAUAAGAAUAGUAUAAUCACUGGUAAUGCUAGUGAGAUGAUUAGUGCUGGUAACUUUAUGCUCACCGAUUUCUACUUAUAA